CGAAGGACGCCCCGUCCUCCAGAUGCUGCCCCUCGGCUAACCCGGGCGCCGGCGGGCAGGCGGGCCGCUGCCCUUGCCGCUGGACUGCGCUUCGCCCCCGCCCGGCCUCGGUCCUGCGCACCCUGACGCCGGCGGCCCCCGCGGAGCAGCGCGGACUCCGGGAGCGCCGGGACGGCCCGGGCCUGACGCCCGCGAGCGCCACACGCCUCCUCGGCCCCUCGGCUGUCGGGACGCGCGAUGGGCGCACAGCUGCCCCGGCGAGGUGUUGCAUAAACACUGCACAUGAAGAGUGUUGAAAGGGAACAUCGAUUACUGAAGUGACCUGGAGAGGGAAAGCACUGGUCAACGUCACAUGGAUGAACUCUCUUGUUUUCUAAAAAUGCUGCUGAAAUAGUCUUUGCUACUGCUUUCCUUCAUUAGUCAAAGCUCUUUAUAACAUGGGUUGUAUGAAAUCAAAGCAAACUUUCCCAUUUCCUACACCAUUUGAAGCUGAGAAGCAGCAUGCGUGUGAAGAAAGCUUUAUGCCAGAAGAGAACCUUCCACCUAGGAUGCCUUCUUCAAUUACUGUCAACGAAGAAGUGAAGCAACCCUCAGGGACCAAUAUUGUGGUCCUUGAAUAUGCACACCGCCUGUCCCAGGAAAUCUUGCGUGAGGCCGUGAACCAAUGGGCAUUCAAUAACAUCACGUUCUAUGACAUCCCAUUCAUCGAGUGUGAUGAGGGGCCUGAUGCUGUAGGAUGAAGACACUUUUUGACUGAAUAUAUAGUUGGUGCUAGCUUAAAUACAUGAAACAAAAGCAAAAACUGGUGUGAAUAAGUACAGAUAACUCCAUCUGAGUGUAAAACAUGUCUAUGAUAAUGUCACUAGUGUAAGAAUACCUAAGAUGAAAUAUGUUUUAAGCAGUUCUAUGUUAACAGCAAUUUCUCUCUGCAUGGGCUUGGAUUUUAGUCAUUUGAAGGGCUGAAGGGAGGUCCUAUGGUAGGUACCCAGUAAUCAGCUGUAUGUCACAGCACUUUCUUCCCGAGGCAGUAAUGAUAUCACCAAAGAAAAUGCUGAGGAAUAAGUGCCCCAAGUUCCAAAUGGUUAAAGACAUUUCUUUAAAAUAAAAUUUCUGUUAAUUCACACCCAAAAAACCCCCCAGAUAUAGUUUUCUCAAAAUGCCUUAGCAAGGGAAUGGCACUCAAGCCAUAGCGAUCAGCACUGGGUCUUAACACAAAUGAACUAGCAUUAGUAAGCAACCCAUGUAGAACUGGUCCACCUUGAACCCUGUCUUUAAUGAUUUAUUUAUUUUUGUAGAAGAAAAGCAUAACCACCACCUUGAACCUCAGGGCCCUAAAUAGCUACAGCUGUUACUGGAUGACUUAAGACAUUGCAUAUAAAGCUAUCUUAAAAAGAUGAUUUACAGAAGCCAUAACAUUAGUAUUUAUUGCAUUAAUAAGCCCAGUGAUAUAACUAUACAAAGAAAACAAGUAUGGGUACCUUUUAUAAUGGCAAUCCAGUAAAUAUUAAAAAUAAGCAGUCUACCUGCAAAGUAGAAAGCAAAACCUGGCAUCAGUACUAAUUAUAUAGUAAGUUUUACUGCCUUAGAUGCAGAGGGCUGGAAUAUGGGCCCAGAUAAUGCAUGAGGAUUUAUAGUUGUAUUACAAGACAGAACACUCCUUUCAAGGAGUAUUCAUGUAUUUAUUUUUUUAGUGGUAACACAUGCCUAUAGGACAUUUAUAGCCAUCUACCAUACUAUUUUGAUGAGUCUGGCUAUCUUUGGGGGAAGGGGAAGUCUUUCCUUUUUCUUUUUACUGUUGCAGCGCACACACAUACACACUUUUUAAAAGGAUUAAGUACUGAUAGGUGAUUUAAAAAAUUAGGAGGGAAGAUAUAACUUGCAGGAAAAUUGGGACUGAGAUUCUAGAAUAAUCUUUUCAUCAAGAUUUGCUACACAUUGAGUUUAAAUGGAAAUUAUUUAAGCCUGUGUAUGUUAGAUCCUUUUAUUAAUACACCAUUGUUAUUGAAAUCUAAAGGCAGAAAAAGGUUUGACCUUUUUAAUGAGAUACAUAUGUAUGUGACAUUAUAAGCAGGUAGGAAUGCUACCUUUAAUUUUAGCAAUACUCUGAAACUCACAAUCACAAUGAAUUCUCCACGUUACACAAGCAAAGUUAUUUGAAAUGAGUGAUAUGCCAUCUUUCAGUUGCUUCUGGACACCUCAUCAUUCAACUUUAAUUCUACCUAGUCCCAGGAUUCAUACUGUCCCAUUGUACUUUCAGUCUAGCAACUUAUAGAAAAACAUACAUUCCUCUUCAUAUACAGAUCUGAAAUCAUCAGGCUAAGGGCACAAAGUUUCCCAUAAGUAUAAAACAUUUCCAGGUCAUGAAGAGAAGUUUAGGUUUUUGCGUGUUUACUCAGACAAAAGCCUAGAUGUGGUUUUUCAUUCAUUUUAUAUCUCAUGUCAGGAUAUUUGCUGCAAGGUUAUUUGAUAUUUAAAAGAUAUAAUUAGGUGUAUGGAAUAGUAAGUAUUAUGGUGAGGACACAGAGCCACAUAAAGCAGCAUGUCCCAUUAAAUUUGUCAGUAUACACAGGGAUAGUGACUAAUGGGUUUUGGUUAUAUCUAAACUUUUUAACUUCAGGUUCCUUCUCUGCCCUGGGCCCUUGUCUCCCAGGGGUGUAACAGGGAUGCGUCCCAGACCCAUAUCUAGCAAGAAGUCUAAUCCCUGUUGCUACCCUCUCUCAGCAACUAUGGCAGUACAGUUUUGUCAAUGAGAACCCACCCCUGUGCCCCUGAAUAAUAUUUUAAUAGAGUAUAUCUUGUGUAUAAUAUCUCCAAGAGACUUAUCUUUGAAAUAUACGCUGCAUUAUAUGCCAGUGCAUGAACAAGGAACUACAAGACUUGCAUAAUCAGUGAGCUAAUGGAUAAACCAAGUUGGGGGCAGGUGGAAGCUGAACAAACAAAUUUGUACUACAUAUCAUAGUCAUCUCAUCACAAUAUAGUCUGGCCUAAUGACAACAGGGAUGAGAAUACCUUUGAUAGGAUAAUUAGCCUUCUUUUAUAUGUUUAUGUUGAAAUAUUGGCUUUACUUCAUUUUUAAGGUCUUUCAUGAGCAAUAAAAAAGUAGAAGGUCUAUUGAGAGGGAAGGAAACAUAUAGAAGACGGACAGAAUUUUUAGCUAAUGGAAAGGCAAACAUUUGGAACAUCCGGUGUAAGGGCAAGUGAGCCUCCACCAGCACAACAAAGAACCUCCAGGUGGCAACUGUGGAAACAGAUUAUCAGAGAAAAUAAACAUGCCAAUUCCUUAUUUAGAGACUUACCUAACCCCACAAACAUGCAUCACUGCUACCUUCCCCAGUUGUCUCUUACAUGCUGUUACAUUUCAGUUAUGCUUUUGAUCCUAGAAUUCUCCACUUUUAGUUGCCUUAUCAGUUCUUUGCAAACUGCCUGUGAUUGUAACAAUUAAAGCACAAUUUUGAAGGGAACAAAAAACAAUUAUCAUCUUAUUCCCACAGGAAUAUUUUGUGUCAAAUUGCCUUAUUAGUAUUAAAAACAGACACACUGAAUGAAUAAAGUAGCAUAAUACUCAUAUCCUACUUGAUAUCAUUGGCAUUUUAUGAGAUGAGGGAAGUACACUUUUGUAUUACAUAGUUUUAGAAAUCAAAAGUUAUAGAUACUUCGUAAGUAAUGUCAAGGAAUAGCAAUUUAAAAACAAAGUUUUAACAAACAAAUACAUUGUAUGCUUAAUCAUAACUCCCUCCUUCUAUAUUUGAAUGACCAAAUAGGACAUGUCUUCCUUGGCACCAUGGGCUCAGAAGUACUACCCUGCAUCUUAAUUUAUAAAACUCAAGUUUUGUUAACAGAUUCUUUUCUCUGUAGAACUUAGCUAUGAAGUGGUAUAUUUUUUCCAAUUAUUUUUGUGAAAACUUUUUUUGUAACUGUACAAUAAAAGUCCAGUUGCAA